GAAAUGGCCUUUCACCAGUCAUGGGCUUUUGCAUUUGGCCUUCUAGGCAACAUCAUCUCAUUUAUGGUCUACCUUGCUCCACUGCCAACAUUCUACAAGAUAUAUAAGAAGAAAUCUACAGAAGGUUUUCAGUCACUUCCUUAUGUGAUUGCACUCUUCAGUUCAAUGCUGUGGAUCUAUUAUGCGAUGCUUAAGAAAGAUGCAAAUCUUCUUAUCACCAUAAACUCGGUUGGCUGCCUAAUUGAGUCCAUCUACAUUGUUCUCUUCUUAUUUUAUGCAACCAAGAAGGCCAAGAUCCUGACUGUGAAGCUUGUUCUCCUGUUGAAUGUUUUUGGGUUCGGCCUUAUGCUUCUCCUCACUCUCUACCUAGCAAAAGGCACAAAACGUAUCCAGGUUCUUGGAUGGAUUUGCUUGGUAUUUAACCUUAGUGUGUUUGCUGCCCCUCUAUGUAUCUUGAGACAAGUCAUAAGAACGAAAAGCGUCGAGUACAUGCCAUUUCCUCUAUCUUUCUUCCUAACCUUGGGCGCAGUGACGUGGUUCUUUUAUGGCCUUUUUCUCAAGGACUAUUACAUUGCUCUUCCAAAUACAGUGGGGUUUCUCUUUGGCAUUGUUCAGAUGCUGCUCUAUAUAGUAUACAAGAACGCCAAGAAGGUUCUGGAGGAGCCGAAGCUACAUGUACCUGAGCACAUCAUUGAUGCAGUCAAGCUUACCACACAGCUUGUGUCUCCGGAACUAACUUCUGUGCUUCCACUUUCAAAUGGGAACGGAAAUGACGCAGUUGGAAAUCAAAUUGACAAGGAAAAGGCACAAGAAUCCAAGACAGCCAUCGAUGAUCAUGAGUACUCGGCUAAAGCUUAA